AUCUCAGCGGUGAUUCACUCAAAUUUUUUAUCGUGUAGGACACUUAUAGUAUGUAGCGUAACAUAGGUAGAGGUACUCGUACAUACAUAGUAACAUACCUACAGUCACGAGUGAAAAUUUCUCCCCAAAAGUGUAAGUGUGUAAGUUGACCAAACAAAUUCUUUGCGGAAUUGAUCAAUUCUAUUGACGCAAUUCGAUAUUAUAGAAUUCAAGAAGAAAUGCUUAAGUUCAAAAUCAACGACAACAGCCAUACAGUGGGUACCAACGUACCUCCAGAAACGUCCCUGAAUGAAUACAUCAGGAAUUACGCGAAUCUCAAAGGUACCAAGUUCAUGUGUUUGGAGGGAGGCUGCGGUGCUUGCAUAGUUGCUGUCAAGAGACCAAAUCCAAUAACUGGAGAGCAAGAAGCCUUCGCAGUUAACUCGUGUCUAGUACCUGUAUUUAGUUGCCAUGGCUGGAAUAUCAUCACCAUUGAAGGUAUAGGCAAUCAAAGAGAAGGCUACCAUAAAGUCCAGUCAACUCUGGCUGGCUUUAAUGGUACUCAAUGCGGAUACUGUAGCCCUGGAAUGGUUAUGAAUAUGUUCAGCUUACUGGAAGAAAACGAGGAGGUUAAAAUGAACGAUGUUGAGAAUUCUUUCGGGGGUAAUAUGUGCAGAUGUACCGGAUACAGACCAAUCUUGGAUGCUUUCAAGUCCCUAGCCACCGAUGCUACUCUAGAAUUGAAGAGAAAAUGUGCAGAUAUUGAAGAUAUAAUGACUCAAUUUAAAGUCUGUUCCAAAACCCAAAAACCUUGCAAUAACCAGUGUAAAAUAAAUGGAUACGACAAGUGCGUUGAACAAGAGCUAAAAAUGCUCGAUAAAUCGAUAUCGAUCGAAUUACAAGGGGUAAGAUGGUUCAGAGUGAAAAACGUCCAAGAAAUUUACGAUAUUUUUGAGAAAAUAGUUCGAGAUGGCAUCAAGUACAUGAUUGUGUGUGGAAAUACGGCUCAAGGGGCCUACAGAACCGAACCACAAGACAUUUACAUCGACAUAAAUGGAGUCUACGAAUUGCACGAUUAUUCGCUGAAUUCGGAAAAUCUCAUCCUAGGAGCGAACAUUUCUCUGAAUCAGACCAUGAAAGUAAUGCACGAAGUGGCCUCGAAAAAUCCCAAACAAUUCGGUUACUUGAAAAAAUUAGCCAAUCAUAUUGAUUUGAUUGCCAACGUACCAGUCAGAAACGUGGGGACGUUAGCUGGCAAUUUAUCAAUUAAAUAUUCGCAUCGAGAGUUUCCUUCCGAUGUGUUUUUGAUAUUGGAAACUGUCGGAGCUCAAUUAGUGAUAGGCUCAUCAAACGGAGACACGUCUACUUAUUCACUGACACAAUAUCUUGCAUUAGAUAUGCGAUGCAAAAUUAUACUAAAAAUAAUUUUGCCCCCUUUGGAUUCGUCUAACUACGUUUAUACGUCAUAUAAGAUUAUGCAAAGAGCUCAGAAUACCCACGCUUACGUCAACGCUGGAUUCCUCAUCAAAGUCGAUAAAAAUGCAAAUUACAAAGUCAUCGAUUCCCCUACUUUGGUCUAUGGAGGAAUUCAUCCUAAUUUCGUUCAUGCAGCAAAAACCGAAAAUUACAUCAGAGGUAGAAGUCUUCUAGGCAUCAAUGUCCUCAAAGAAGCUUGCCAAAUUCUGAGAUCUGAACUCGAGCCUGAUAAUAAUCCUCCAAAAGCAUCUCCCGAGUACAGAACUUCACUAGCUGUGAACUUAUUCUACAAAUUCAUUCUCAGUUUAUCCCCAGAUUCCAUCUCAGAAAAGUAUCGUAGUGGAGGUUCUUUAUUGUCCAGACCUUUAUCAUCUGGAAAGCAGGAUUUCCAAACUGAUCCAUCACUGUGGCCUGUGAACAAACCGAUACAUAAUAUCAACGCUAUUUCACAAUGUGCUGGAGAAGCUGAGUACGUUAAUGAUAUCCCAGCACGAGUUAACGAGCUUCAUGCGGCUUUUGUAGUAUCCAAAACUGGCCCAGGGAAAUUAAUCAGCAUAAAUACCAGUGCAAUAGAGAAUAUGCCAGGUGUAGUGAAAUUUUUAUCAGCUAAAGAUAUCCCAGGUAAAAAUGUCUGCCUUUCAACAGCAUACAAAGGCAAGCUCGAACACGAAGAGCUUCUUGCUGAUAAAGAGAUCUUACACGCUGGUCAAAUUGUCGGAAUAGUUGUAGCUAAAACUCAAACUCUCGCUAAUAAAGCAGCCGACAAGGUCAUUGUCAAUGUCGAACAAACUCGUAAACCAGUUUUGGAUCUCAAAACCAUUGUUGACUCCGGAAAUGAAAUAAGAAUAAAUAAACACGAUGAGAAAAUUGCUGCUCGAAGAAAAAAUGAUGUUAAGUACAAGUUCAGCGGGUCUUUGGAAACUGGGGGCCAAUAUCAUUACACCAUGGAAACUCAAACUUGUCUGUGUGUUCCUCUCGAAGAUGGAAUGGACAUUUACCCUGCUUCUCAAUGGAUCAGAGCAGUCCAACAUACGGCAGCUGAGGCUUUGAAUAUGCCAGAUAACAGUAUCAACGUGAGCGUUAAAAGAUGCGGCGGAGGUUUUGGGGCGAAAUCGGAAAAAUCAGCAGUGAUAUCAACAGCUUGUGCUGUAGCAGCUUACAAUCUCAAAGUGCCAAUUCGAAUGGUCGUCAAAUUGGAAACAAACAUGGAAGCUAUUGGCAAAAGAAUUCCCAUGUAUGCAAAAUACGAGGUGGAAGUGAGUGAAAAAGGUGAAAUUCAACGCUUGAUCGUCAAAUUAUACAGCAAUCAUGGGGCCAAAUUGAAUCACCCACUAGACGAGAUUAUUAUAAAAAGAAUUCCAUCUUGUUACGACCCAUCUACUUGGACAGUGACCCAUUAUACCGUGAGAACCGAUUGUACACCCAAUAUAUACAUCCGAGCCCCUGGCAGUGCCGAAGUAAUCGCUCUAAUAGAAUGCAUAAUGGAGCAUAUAGCUAAAGUCACAAAUCUCGAUCCCACAGCUGUACGAUUGGCCAACAUUAAACCGGAAUUUUCCUCUGAUAUACCACCCAUGAUUGAGGACAUAAAGCAGAAUUCAGACUUGAAGAACCGUUUAAAAGUUAUCGAAAACUUUAAUAAUACCAAUCGAUGGAAAAAACGAGGCAUAUCUUUGGUGACGAUGAAUUAUCCACUUGGUAAAUUUGCAUCGUAUCACACUCUAAUGUCGGUCUACAUGUACGAUGGAUCUGUGGCCAUCACUCAUGGAGGUAUUGAGAUAGGUCAAGGUAUCAACACCAAAGUUGCCCAGGCUGUUGCCUAUACUUUGGGUAUAGAUAUCAGUAUGAUAAAAUUCAAACCAUCUAUGGCUUUGACGAGUCCCAACGAUGGACCCACAGAAGCAAGUGCAGCGAGUGAUGGAGUUACUUACGCUGCUUUGGAAUGUUGCAAAAUACUGCUCGCCAGACUCGAACCUAUCAAACAAAAAAAUCCGGGUAAAUCGUGGCCUGAAAUAAUCGCAGCUGCAGCUGCUGAGAAUGUUGAUCUAUGCUGUGAAUCUUUUUUUUCUCAUACGGCGAGUUAUUCUCAUCAAUACAACGUGUUUGGAGCUGCUGUUUCGGAAGUUGAGGUUGAUCUAUUGACUGGUCAAUGUUUGAUCAAUAGAGUCGAUUUAUUGGAAGAUGUAGGACAAAGCUUGAGCCCUACCAUUGAUCUGGGUCAAGUUGAAGGUGCCUAUGUUAUGGGUCUAGGGUACUGGUUGAGUGAGAAAUUGAUAUACGAUCAAGAUACCGGAGCUUUGCUGACUAAUCGAACUUGGAAUUAUACCAUUCCUGGAGUUAAAGAUAUCCCAGCUGAUUUUCGAGUAUAUUUUAGAAAAAAUUCACCUAAUCCGUUGGGUGUCUUGAGAUCAAAAAAUACAGGGGAGCCACCUUUAUGCUUAAGUGUAGGAGUAGUAUUUGCAAUUCGAAAUGCGUUAGAGGCAGGAAGAAAAGAUGCAGGAUUGAAUGAUGACUGGUUCCAAUUAAACUUGCCCUAUACCCCAGAAAACGUACAUCUCAGCUCAGGCACUUCGAUUGAUCAAUUCGCACUAUAAGUUUUAUGUUUGAUUUCACAAUAAUAAAUUUUGACACAAUAAAAAUUUAUC